GGCGCUCACAGUCACCCCGCACCCGGGGCCGAGGCCGGCGGGCGGCGGCCAGCAGAGGGCGCAGCGCCCGGGGUUGGGACUCCGGAGGAAGCUGCAGCCGGACUAGAGGGGCGAGGAGCCGGCGGCGGUGGCGCGGGGGGUUCCCGGCCGCUCGGAGGCGCCGCCAUGGACCGGUUCGCGUGGGCCAGCGGCCUGCUGGAGAUCAACGAGACCCUGGUGAUCCAGCAGCGCGGGGUGCGGCUUUACGACGGGGAGGAGAAGGUAAAGUUUGAUACUGGGGUAUUGCUACUUAGCACACACCGACUGAUCUGGAGAGAUCUGAAAAAUCAUGAAUGCUGCAUUGCUAUCCCUCUUUCUCAGAUUGUCUUCAUUGAAGAGCAGGCAGCUGGCAUAGGAAAAAGUGCCAAAAUAGUGGUUCAUCUUCAUCCAGCUCCUUCAAACAAAGAGCCUGGCCCAUUCCAGAGCAGCAAAUAUUCCUACAUCAAACUUUCUUUCAAAGAACAUGGUCAGAUUGAGUUCUAUAGGCGGUUGUCAGAAGAAAUGACACAGAGGAGAUGGGAGAACAUGCCUGUUUUUCAGACCAUUCAAAUUAACAGGGGUCCACAGGCAGGAAGAAUAAGGGCUGUAGGAAUUGUAGGUAUUGAGAGGAAAUUAGAAGAGAAGAGAAAAGAGACUGACAAAAACAUUUCUGAGGCUUUUGAAGAUCUCAGCAAGUUAAUGGAAAAGGCUAAGGAAAUGGUGGAGUUAUCCAAGUCAAUAGCUAACAAAAUUAAAGAAAAACAAGGUGACAUCACAGAAGAUGAGACUAUCAGGUUUAAAUCUUAUCUGUUGAGCAUGGGUAUAGCUAACCCAGUUACCAGGGAAACGUAUGGAUCUGGCACACAUUACCAUAUGCAACUGGCAAAACAACUAGCUGGAAUACUACAGGCACCACUAGAGGAACGAGGGGGAAUAAUGUCACUUACAGAGGUAUAUUGUCUGGUAAACCGAGCUCGGGGAUUGGAGUUGCUCUCUCCAGAAGAUUUAGUAAAUGCUUGUAAGAUGCUAGUGGCACUGAAAUUACCCCUAAGGCUUCGUCUAUUUGACAGCGGUGUAAUGGUGAUUGAGCUCCAGUCCCACAAUGAAGAGGAAAUGGUGGCUUCUGCUUUAGACACAGUAUCUGAAAAGGGUUCUCUUACAGCUGAAGAGUUUGCCAAGCUUGUGGGGAUGUCUGUUCUUUUAGCCAAAGAGAGGCUGCUUCUAGCUGAAAAGAUGGGCCAUCUUUGCAGAGAUGAUUCAGUGGAAGGCUUGAGAUUCUAUCCAAACUUAUUUAUGACACAAAGUUAACGAUAUUGUAGUUCAUGCAUGUUUAUCAUGUAAUGGUUGAACACGAGAGCAGAAGGGGGAGCCCUUCAAAUUACAGAUUUUAAGAUUUUGCUUUGUUAAUCAAGACAGUGGUGAAUAUUGUGAUGAAAAAGCUUUUUCAGCUAUUUCAAAUGCUGAGUGGUUUUAUAUGGAAUGGAGAGGAAUAUUACAGAAAGUAACAGGAAUCAUGGAGUCAGAAUCAUCUGAUCUCAAAUUGGCAAGCUGACAUAUAUAUAUAUAUAGUCAGCGUAAGUUUUACUCUAUAGUCGGUUUAACUUUUCACUUCAGGAGAAGUGAGAUGAUGAUUUCACAAUAGUUAAAGUGGAGGAAAUAUCCUUUGUGGUCUGUUUCCAGAGGCAAACAGAACAUAGAACACUGUCAUUUACUACCUACAGAUGAUAACAAGGAAAUAGAAGUGUGUACAUUCCAAAGCAAGCUUCCUCUCCGUACUCUCCAACUUCAGUAUAUUUUGUGUGUCUGUGAGUUCAGAUCAGAGACAUAUAUCCAUAGGGAUGAAAAAUGUGACAUGGUUUAUGCAUGUUGAGGUCUGAGGAACAAAGCAAUAUUGAAUGCUCCCUUUUCCCAGGAACUAUAAAAAUUUUUCCUAGUGAGGUUCCCAAAUUCUGGGAGUCGAAGCCCAGGGAAUUCUUUAUAGAUAUAAAUAGAAACUAACCUAUGUUAUGAAAAUCUGGAAAACAUAGUGUUUAAUGUGUCAUGUCUAAUGCUAAAUAGACAAACAAGAAGUAUUGUGAGUGCAGAGUUCCUCGUUUCUUUGCUCUCCCUCCCCCAAAAAGCUUCAUUAUGUUGCUGUUUGUGUGUGCUUUUGCCCGCUCCUUUAGAUAGUGUUGAGGGAAAUCAAUUAUUCUGUCACUACAUCCUGUCCAGCAGCAUAAUGAGCUGUUUUUCCUUUUGCACUUCUAAAGAAACGUCAUUGAUCAAAGCUGCGUACCAUGUGUCUGUCUUGGAGAGACGGUUGGUUAACUUGCAUAUCCUUAGUCUGCAGAAACCAGUGCUUUAAUAUUAAAAGGAGGAACAAAAAAACACACGCGUUUACCAGUCAAGAGGUAUAAAUCCUUUGGUUUUACCUAUGCUGUGGAUUUACAGAAUUCAGUUACACAGCCAUAAUUUUCUGUCACUCCUGUAGACUUGUAUAUUAGUUAUGUUUUAGAAGAGCUAAAGUUACAUAGAUGAUGGUAAGUGGGUGUCAAAGGCCCACAUGACCAAUUAGGAUAUAUUAUUGCAGAAUUCAGUUCAAAGUUUGGAUGAAGACCGCAUUGAUAUAGCUUUGAAUUAAAGAUAUGGCAAUAAUAAUCAGAUGGAAGCUAAAAGAAAGGAAAUAGAGAGGUUCUUUUAAUUGUCUGAAAAUAUUUCUAAAAAUCUUACAAUAUCACCACAGUUUGGUCAAGGUUGAAGGUCCUACCCACUCUCAUGUUUUUGAUAGAGGUUUGAAAAGUUACUGUUUACCUGUUUGUUUUCCCAUGUACCUCUGCUUUAAAGUUGCUUGGGUUCCUCUGCCAUGCCUUCAUUGCAGGAUCUUGUAGGAUGCUCAUUUGGAGCAAAGACAUGCCGUCCCCUAGUGCAUCUCCCUAGUUAGCUUUCAUGCCGUGCUCUCUUAGGGCACUGUUCUUGCAUUUCCUCAAGUGGAGGGGAGCCAAAACUCAUUGAUCAGGCAGGGAAAGGAAUUACACGGGGAAGCACUGGCACCAGGAUAUUCUCAAUGCUCUGUACUCUCUCUGCAGCAGCUUUGUAGGGAUCCAGAUUUGUGGGUGGGGACGGAGGGGCCAGUUGAACUCCUCCACAUUCUCUGUUUUUUCACCUCCUCCUAGUAAACAAUGGGACAGAUCUGUACAAAUUACUCUGGACAAUGUACUCUCAAAGAGUUGAAGAACUGAGAAGCAGAGAGGACACCUAAAGUGGAUGUUCUUACUGUCUGUGUGUUGCUGGAGAAUCAUGAAUGUUAGGGAAAGAUCCACUGGUUUAGGUGGCUGAAACCUUCUUCAUAAGGGGGCAGCUUUUCCUCUCCAUAGUCAUGAUGCAAGUGUAAAAAGAAAAUACCAAAUUUACACUCCUAGCUUCCAUUCCCCUACUCAGGAAUAACCCACAUAGAGCCCUUAGUUUGUCUCAGUUGAGCAAUAACGUUACAACAUACAUCUUAGCUUUAGCCUUAUGGUACUUCCUUGGCCUUUUUUCAAGAUAAGUCCUUUUUCUUUGUACAGGGAGAGAAAACUUCAUGGGUUAAAUUAUGUGGCUCGUUUAGAAUUUAAUUGUAUAUAUUAGAAAAUCGUUGCCACAAAGUAAUAAAAAUAAACUGAUUUUCUUGA